AUGAAGUUCUUCGUGGGGUCUGUCUUGGCCGGUUGUGCCUUGGCUCAGACCGUCGCGCCAGCCGGUACCGAGCUUCCGGGAACUGCAGUAAUGCCUCGCUUGGAAACCCAAGACAUUAUCGAUGGAGGCACCCGAAAGACUAUCAAACACGGCCCCUGGGUCAUGCCGGCCAACAAGAUGACCACCAAGACGGUCCGCGGUGAGCCUCCGUGCACGAGCUGUUACAUCACCGCGAUUCAGGCGAAGAUCAGCUUCCUGGACGGCAAGGAGGCGAACGCGGAUCAGGGCGCCUGGCUCCAUCAUAUCACCCUCGGCAAAGGCCUUUCCAUGUUCUGGGCGGCCGGAAACGAGCGUCCCACGCUAAGACUGAACAGGAAGCAUAAGUAUGGCCUCGAUCUGGAAGGCUCUACUAGUGCUGGCGGUGGAUUCGCUGGCCUUGGGGCUGGCCUAACGUCUGCGGGAGGCAGUGGUGCCGCCGGUGGAUCUGGGGGUCUAUUGAGCGGCCAAGGUAGUUUGUUCGGAAAAGGCAGGGCCGCGAAGCGCCAGCUUGGCUUGUCCAGUGGUCUUUUUAUCAUGGCGGAUUUGAUGAGCAUGGCUGCUGAGGACAUGCAGGUGACGUUGGAUAUUACGUAUGAGUGGGUGCCGAAGACGAACACGGAAUACAAGGGAGCCAAGAUGGAAUGGCUAACUGUCGGCGAGCCCAAGGCUCGUGAGGGAACUUACAAGUUUGAUAGCCAGAAAUGGACCGCCCCAUGGAGUGCAGAGCUUCUAUACGCCAUCGGCCAUAUGCAUGACGGAGCCACCCACUCUUCCCUCUUCCUCGACAACAAGGAAAUCUGCCGCUCUAUCAUGUACUACAACGCCCGCGAUGGCUAUGGCGGCGCGGCCGGCGAGGGUCACGGCCACGACAUGGAAGGCAUGGACACCGGCGCGGCGGAGCACUCGCACCGCCGCCGUGACCGGAUCGCCCGUGCGGAUAACGCCAAGCGAGACGGACCGUCGCAUCUGUCGGAUCCGGGUGUGUGCGAGAAUUUUGGGGCCGUUCGAACUGGUCAGAAGCUGCGGAUGGAGGGGUGGUAUGACACGGCAAAAAAUCCGCUGAUGGGACAUAAUGGGGAGCUGGAGGACUUGAUGGCCAAUAUGCGUGUGUACAUGGGCCCAACCUAA